AUGGCAGCCCUCGUCGGUCAGAAGGCACCGGAUUUCACUUGCGAGGCGGUGAUGCCUAAUGGAGAGUUCAGCACGAUUACGCUGAGUCGCUUUAUAGGCAAGAAGUACGUCUUGUUGUUUUUCUAUCCUUUUGAUUUCACCUUCGUAUGCCCCUCUGAGAUCGUCGCUUUCAGCAAAGCAGUAGACGAGUUCGAGGCAAGAAAUGUGCAGGUCUUAGGCUGCUCCAUUGACUCAAAGUUCACUCACCAUGCUUGGCGCUCUCAAGAGCUAAAAAACGGAGGCAUCGGCCCCGUCAGAAUCCCUCUUCUUGCAGACGUUAAGAAAGAAGUCGCAAGAGCCUUUGGGGUUCUCCUACCUGACGGCAUGGCCCUCAGAGGUUUAUUCCUCAUCGACAAAGAAGGCAUCGUUCAGCAUGCUCUCGUCAACAGCCUUGCAAUCGGACGGUCGGUACCUGAAGCCCUACGCGUUGUUGACGCCCUCCAACACCACGAGAAGUACGGAGACGUCUGCCCAGCCAACUGGCAGAAAGGAGAAAAGGCAAUGAAACCCUCAGCAGAGGGCGUUGCUGAAUACCUCGGAUCUCUUGCAUAA